GAACAAAGAAAGAUUAAAAAGAGCCAAGAGAAUUCGAAGAACCCUAGAAUUUUUUUUUGGCUCUCGCAUUUUUGAAUCUCAAUCGAAUAGCUUGGUAAAUUCAAUUGCUUGUACUGAAUCAUUUCAUUUGAAUCGAUCGAACAAUCAAUCAGUCAAAUCAGUCAUGGCUGGUAUGAAGCGUCUCGCUGGUUCAGAUUCGAACCCUGACACCACCACCACCACCACCGACUCCAUUUUCCAGAGUAAAAGAAUAAUGGUAGGAUCCCUUUUUGACGAUCACAGGGCAGAGCCAUCUCAGCAGCAAUCAAUGGAGACACUACCAUUGGAUGUGCACCGGGCUGAAUUAUCUAGACAGCAUGUGAGAGCUCUCAAUACCCAAUUUGCAAGCUGGGUCCAAACACAAUUACAGAAUCACCCUGAUGAACUUUGGGAAGAUGGAGUCCAAGAUUACCUAGCCCAUGCUUCACACAUCAUGGAAAAAUUUAGUGAUGUUGUUAAUUGGCUGAAAGAAAAUGCUGUGAAAGGAGAAAGUUUCUCUACGUUGGGAUCUCACACUGCUCCAAAGAAGCUUGUGUCUGAAAGUAAGGAUAAUCAAAUAACAUCCUUUCAGGAGAAAACUGGCUUUUCUCUGGCUGGUACAACUGCUAGCUUUGCGCCUUCAUGGAGCUCUGGAGUUUUCUCAUCAAGUCAAACUCCUUUUGCAUUUGGAAACCAAAGUUCUGCUCCCUUAAACAAUGAUGCUUCAAAUGAUGUGGAUGGUGAAGAAGACUUGCAGCAGCCUAGCAGCCCAUCUGUGAAAAAGACUGAAGAGAAGGGUAUUAUUUUAGUACAUGAAGUCAAAUGCAAGCUUUAUGUGAAGUCAAGUGAUCCAGCAGAUAAAGAUGCAUGGAAAGAUAGAGGCACUGGUCAGCUUUCCAUCAAAUGUAAAGAGAGUGUUAGCAAGGGCACAAGAGAAUCCAAACCAACAAUUCUUGUUCGAAAUGAUGUGGGAAAAGUUUUGCUAAAUGCAUUGUUAUAUCCAGGCAUCAAGACUAACACACAGAAAAAUUCCAUUGUUGCAAUAUUUCAUACCACGGCUGAUAGUGGAACCGACAGUGGUGACAAUAAUGGUGUUGUGGCACAGACAUUCUUAAUAAGGACAAAGACUGAGGAGGAUCGGAAUAAGCUAGCAGCAGCAAUUCAGGAAUAUGCUCCCGAUGCUUGAAAUAUAUACUUGGGAAGUGAUCACAUCCCCCAUUGUGUUACCCUUGAGCUUCAACAAAUUGCGAAUGCAAUGUUGUAAUAUUUGGAUUUAUGUAUUUUUCCUUCUUUGUACUCCAAAAUUUUGGUGACCGUGGUUGGUAUUGUUGUAGCUGAUGCAGGCUCUUUUUUUUGGGGGUUGGGGUUCGAAAAAAUCUGGCAAGUGGAGCCAGUAUUUAGAAGUUGAUGACAUAUUGGCAAUGCAUAAGGGGAGUAUUAAUGCAUUUGUAUCAUAUAUAGAGGAGAAAACAAGUUUGUUGUGUUGUAAAACCUUAGACCACAACUCUUAAUAGAAAAAAAAUAGAUGCUAUGUAGAGUAGCUGUAUUCAAAAUGUAUUUACAUUUUUAGACAUUAGUUCUGAA